CGUCAAUAAUGCAACUUCAUCAUUUUCGCAUCUUUCAACAGAAAAAGGAUUCUUGACGUCAACAGACACCACGACGCUUAAACCUUCAUCAAAACGAAUAAUUCGUCGACAUAGUUUAGCCGAAUCAUGGUUUCCUAACGAAGUUACUAAACGUAAACCUAAAACUUUUAUUGACAUAAUAAUGGCAGAGAAGCAAGUUUUAAGACCUGAAUCAAUUUCGACUACUCAUGCGAAUAUACCAAAAAUCAAGACUCCAGGAGGACAUGUAUAUGGAGGCGAAGAACUUGAAGAAAUCAUGAAACUUCUUGAAAAUGAUGAAGCAUUUGAUGAUGAGAUUAUCAACGGGUUAAUCAAAUCAUUAAAAAUACCUAUUCCAAGUUUGAAAAAUCCACCAUUCCAAAAGGAAAUUUUGUUUCCAGCUCGAAUUAUCAGUUUUGUAGCGAAACAAAUGUGGAAAUAUGGAUUUAUAAAAGAGUCUGAACGACUAUUUGCGAGCGUUAUGAAAAUCAUUCAAGAACAUGUCAUG